ACCGGGGAUUAUCCUCUGCCUUUAUGCGUGACCGUCUUCCGUUCGCAGGCACGGCACAGUACCCGCUCAAGCCGCCAGACGUACACACACCCAUCCACCGAUCGGCCGGACACAGCCAAAAACAUGGGAGGACAUGUCUCUCGAACCGAUUUCGAGUGGGUUUACACGGACGAGCCCCAUGCUACACGGAGAAAGGAGAUCAUGGCUAAGUAUCCCCAGGUGAAGAAGUUGAUGGGGCACGAUCCGAACCUCAAAUACUGGGUGUUUAUAAUGGUCGCCGUGCAACUGACGAUAGCCUACUUGUUGAAGGAUUCCUCCUGGCCACUGAUUCUACUGACCGCCUACUUCAUAGGAGGGACCAUCAACCAUAUCAUGCUUGUCGCUUGGCACGAAAUUUGCCACAACCUCGCCUUCGGACACGCUCGGCCCAGAGCGAACAAGGCCCUCGGCAUCUUCGGAAACGUCAUCAUCGGUUUCCCGGCAUCCAUCUCGUUCAAAAAGUAUCAUCUAGAGCAUCAUAAGUUUCAGGCCCAAGACGGUUUCGACCCUGACCUUCCGACUGUGUUUGAAGGUCAGUUCUUCUGUAACUCGUUAGGCAAGGCAUUGUGGGUGUUCCUGCUGCCCGCGUUCUACUCGCUCCGCCCCCUGGUGGUGCGGCCAAAACCCAUCACCGACUAUGAGGUCAUCAACCUCGUGUUGGUGGGCAUCGCUGACGUUCUCAUCGUGUACUUCAUGAGCUACAAGUCACUGUUCUACCUGGCUAUCGGUACCCUGCUAGGCUUGGGGCUCCAUCCCAUGGCUGCACACUUCAUCGCGGAACACUACAUGUUCAUUAAGGGUCAGGAGACCUACUCGUACUACGGACCGAUGAACGCCAUUACCUUUAACUUGGGCUAUCACAUGGAGCACCACGACUUCCCCAACAUUCCAGGAUGUAACCUACCCAAGUUAAAGGAGAUCGCUAAGGAGUACUACGAGCCUCUGCCUUCCCACUCGUCAUGGCCGAAAGUUAUUUGGGACUUCAUCACAGACCCGGCCAUCGGUCCGUACUGCCGGAUGAAGCGCCGGAGCAACCGGGCCAGGGACAACGGCAGCUGCGACGACGACCCCGACAAGGACAUGUAAUCAUCGGCAGCUUUUAUCAAAGUAGUAUAAUACAGACCGGCUGACGUACAUCAUUCAGGAGGUCAAUGGGUCACCGAAUGAUAUGAGUUAAGUACAGUAGAAUAUCUAUAUUAGUAAAUGCAAUGAUACUUUCAUAUCAAAGUGAUGAGGCUUGUUUUGGUAAAAUAAAAAAAAACUGGGCUAGUGAAUCACUUUUGGAAGGAUAUACACAUGCACAUGUACUCAGUAGUGGAGACGUGGGUAAGUGUGAAGUCAAAUUUCAGGAAGACCAUCCCUACCUUUAAUACUACUUAUUUUUGUUACAAUGAAAUCUUAAUAAAUGCAGUAAUACUUUCGAAAGUGAUGAGACCUGUUUUCAUAGAUAAAAACAAACAAACAAACAAACAAAAAUGGGUUGGUGAAUCGCUUUGAAAAGGUACACUUAGAAGCAAAGUGGAGAUAUAUUGGUAUGUAAUGUAUGGCAUUAACUUUCAUUUGAAAAUCAUGUACUUAAUGUUAGUAUUUGUGAUCUACAUGAAGAUUAAGUGCAACAUGUUAAAAAGGUCUUGUUCUAUGUUUGUAUGUGUGGCAUGUACAUGUAUAUUGAUACGUCUGGGAAGACUCCUAGAAAGUCUCAACCAUAUGUUAAAACAUGGUAUUGACAAGUGUGUUGUUUGAAGUAGUCUACAGGGCUAUGAAGUUUAAUGUGCCUUUGGCUCAAAUAUCUAGAUACCUGGAUAAUUUUUCAUGACACUGUGGCAGAUGUACUGACACACUAUAUACAGACACUCAGUGUAACAGUUGUAGCACGCAGCUGCUUUGGCCUUAAUCACAUUUUCAUAAAAAUAAUUCUGUACAACUAUUUCCAAGUAAAUGUACCUACACCUUCCAUGUUUAGAAUAACUGUUUCCUUUACUUGGUCUUCCAUCGUGAUAAUAAUGUCUUUUGUUUGAAUUUAUUUGAUUGUUACUGACAUCUAUCCAAGCACCAUGUGAAUGUUUGAGUGUAUUUUUUUUGUUCACACAAACCUCUGCUCUGAUGAUGAAGUGUAUUAAUUAUGUGCAUGAUAUAAUUUUUGUUUACCAUGUUGUGACAUAAUCCAGAGAAUUGCUAACAGAUCAUAUACGUAAAUGUGGAGGUUUUACCUUUGUUGUUGUGUCAAACUGUCAAUGUUCUUCGAUUCUUUAACUUAAUCACUGCAACAUUUUGUACAAUGCAAUUAGCACCUUCCACGAGACUGCUUUAGAGUGGUGAAUACUCAUAUUUGAUUGUUUCUUCUAAAUAAAGAAUGAACACUUAACAAAUUACAUACCAUGAAGAAACCUGUGAAGUCUCUCACAAAGAUGUCACAAUGAUAACAGUAACUACUAGUAUAUUAAUUCUUUCUGCAGUUCCGCCUAAUCCUGCAAGGGUCUUGAAAUAUAGUCAUGUACACAUGUAUGCUGGGGCUGGAUAAUCUCCAAGCAGAGUAAUCCUUUCCAUCAUCGUAUUUCUUAAGGGUUCUCCUUGAAGAAUGUGAACUGUUAAAUUUUAAAAUAUUGAACACUAGAAAAGAGUACCAAAUGUUGCUAAUGAGGUUUAAGACACUGAGACUGAGUUGAAUCCUCACAUCUGCUUGGAAAUUAGGGCACUGGGCUGGUGUGUGGUUGUAGCUAGCCUGUGUUAAACAUCUCAUAAACACUGCUGGGGGUUACUUGGUCUCCUAUUCUUCUGUAGGCAGCAACUGUUGGGUGGGCCAGCUGCUAGGAGUGCAAUUUAGUCAUGCUAUGGUUUGUUGCCAUUUAAAGGCAAGCCCAUGAUACAUUCUCUGACUACUUUUAAAAGUUUUACAACAUUUGAAAACUUAAAAAAAAAUUCACAGCACAAAAAGUCCAUUCUAUGUCUCCAAUGGGGAACCAGUCAGUAUUUUAUUUCUGACUGCAAAAAACAUGUUUCACUAAAUCCUAUAAUUUCUACGGCUCAGUUGGAUGAGCUUAACACUGCUUCUUGCAUCUCUAUGCAUAGUUAAACAUAUUGCACCAUGUCAUCAACAAGUUUCAUAGCAGACAGUAUUUGAUGUCAGGUUAAAGAGUUUUAACAAUAAUAUCAUGGCUGUUGUGACAAUGGAUCAUCAUGUCUACCAUUACAAAAGAUAACAAAGAAAAAUAUGUAAAAACCCUCUGAACAUACACUUCGAUUUUCAACAGUUAUGUGGCAACAUACCACUUAUAACCAUAACUCUUAAUCUGGCUAAUUCAUUUUAUCUACAUGCAAGUUCCAAAAGUGAAUUCUUAACACUGGUAGUGUCAUGAAUCCCUGAUUGCAUUGCAAAGAUUUCACACCCACAAACCCCCCUGCUUUAGCAAAUCCUAUCUUGGCACGUAGACAGCCAUGGAUUAUGUAGAAUGUUAUAGAAUGUUAACUUGGAGUACAGACUUGAGAAGUCUUUCAGGUAUCAGUGAAUGUAUUGGAACUGAAUGGUCUGAUCAUGUAGCCUGGGUGCCAUCCCCAGUAGUAUUUGCCUACUGGGGAUGGCACCCAGGCUACUGAUCAUGGGGAAAUACCCAACUGAAUUACAUCAUAGAAUGGAUUAUUACUCAUACAAAUGUAUGACGUAUCUUACUCCUCCAUUACACCAUGGUUUAUGUUUCAUACCAUGAUUACACAGUACACAUUGCUGGCAACCUCAUACCACAUCCUACUGCCCAGGGUAUACUGAAUCACAACCCUGUCAAUCAACUGAAACCCAAUCUCUGCACACUCAUUUCCAAUCCUUCCUACUUUAAUAUAUAGAACAAAAUACAUACAACCUCCCUAUUUAAUCUGUGCAGCCUAAAACAAUACUUUCAUUGUGAAAGUAGUUAGUUGACAUCAAACAUUAGAUCUCUGGAUGGUUGAGACAUGUAUACAUGAUUGGUGUUAACAUAACCCGAUGUCAAAAACCACCAAUAAUUCACUGCAACCUAAAAUGAUAUGAAUAAUUAUAGUUGUCACCAAUAAUAUACAAAGAAAAUACAUGCCUUAAAAACAAGGGUAACAAAUCAUUUGGACAAACCAACAUGAUUCUAUAUGCAUUCAAUAAAAUUCACCAUAACGUGGAGUCAACAAUAAUCCACAAAAUAUCCUUCAAACAAUAAUAUUAACAUUUAUCGCUUAUAUACCAACAAACUGUCAUAAUAACUUAAAUCAGUACAAUAUAAGUGUAGUAACAUUUUGGACCCAUUCCAGUGCAUACGUGAUAUAUAUCUAUAUUAUUAUUCUCUUUAUCUGAUGAUAUUCUAGAGGGCAAAUGUACAACUGGUGUUAACACUUUUCUAUUGAAAGUAAUGAUAAGUGCAACCCAUACUAGAAGGAAACAAUCAUCAUGAUAGAGAAUAAUUUCAUAGAGCAGAGUUGUUCUUCUUCAUAGAGAAUAUUGCAGAAGACAACAUAAAAGAUGGUCAAUGAAAUGCUUUUGACAAAAAAUUCACCUGUACAUAUAAUUUGGACGAAGAUAGACACACAUAACAGAGUUGUACUUUUCUUUCAUCUGUUU